CAAAACUUAGUCUUAUUCAAUUUUUAGGAUAUUUAGAAUUGUUAAAUAUAUCAGCUGCGUGAUCAUACAAAGAAUAUUAAAUCAUAUGAAAGAUGAAUUACACGAGAUUCUUACUCUUGAUGCAGACUGUAUCUGAAAUGUAAAUUACAAUUUGAGCGUUGGUAGUUGAUAAAAGAAAUAGAGAAAUUUCCUCACUCUUAGCAGGAACUGGGGAUUUGAAGUUUAUGUGCACGAACUGAUAUUAACUGAAGACUCAUUAAAAACCAAGGAGAGCUCAACAGUUAUUUUUUUACAAACUUUGAACUCUUCAGGAUUCGAGAAAAUCAAAAUGAAAACAACAAUAUAUAAUGAUGACAUUCGACAAGAGCAACUCUAUCUCAUGAAUGAACAGAAUUUCCCAAUUUUGAUCCUUUGACUUCUGUAGUAUGUUUACCUGACUAAUGAUCGUUAAACUAGAACUAAAAACUUGUCUACUGAUCAUCUAUUUUUAGUGGUUUCACAGUCUAUAUCAUUUUUUGUGUGCUGAAAUCUAUUAACAACUUAGAUCAAGUUGUUUUAUCAUACAAGCUUGAGUUAAUAAGUAAAACUAAGAAACGAGUAAUUUAAGCUUAAGUAUGAUCAUAAUGUUUAUGCACCAUGCUACACAAUAUUGUUUUAUAAUACAUCACUAGAAUGUUUAACAAAACGAAUAUAUGUCUGCACAUUUAUAAUGAAAUAGAAGAGACUUAAGUGGAGUUUAUUCAUUUAGCUAAUUAGUGCUCAUGUACAGGUUAUUAAUUUAGUGUAACAGACAUAUAAUGGUUAAAUUUAUAUUGAUCUACUUAUAUAUUGUGUGAUAUAAUGAUUUUAAUUGGUUGAUUAGUGUAUGUGCCCCAUUUAUAAAUUCAUUCACUACUAGAAUUAAGAAAUACAUUAAUCAUUUUAGUUUCUUUUAGAGUAAAGUGUAAUUCAGUGAUUCUAAUUCAAUUCAUAUUUGUAUUUUUAUGUUAAUCUUUUAAAUUCUUUCACAAUAUAAUGAAUAUGUCAUCGGGAACUUUUCAUUUAUCACCUUCUGCACCAAUUACGAAGUUUUUCAAGGAUAGAUCUGUUAAAGAGGUUCGUGAAAACAUAUCACAUAUUACAGCACAUUUGACCAGUAUAAAAAGAUGGUUACGUUCAAUGCCACACCUUACUUGUGCAGAUGAUGAUCGAAUAUUUUUGGCCUUUCUACGUCAAUCAAAAUAUAAUCAUUCAGAAGCUCAAAUGCGUUUAGAUAAUUUUAUUACAUUGCGUACAUCACCAGAAAGUCCUGUAGUUAAUUGGUAUGACCGUUCAACUAUAAGUAAUACAAUACUUGAUGAAUAUUUAAACAUGGGCUUUCAUUGUCCAAUUGGAUUCCUUCAUGAUGGGACAUUUUUAUUUAUGGUUCGAAUUGGUUACUGGAACAAUAAUCGUGUAUCUACCGAGACUGUACUCAAAUUACUCAUGAUUCAGUUGGAUCGUAUGUUGGAAGAUCCAAGAGUUCAAAUUUGUGGUUUGCGAGUAUUUAUUGAUUUCACCGGUGUCUCACCAUCUCUAUUGGAUACAAUUAAUCCGAAAAAGACCAUUAAAGAUUUAAGUAAAGUAUUACAGGAAGCUUAUCCAUUUCGUAUGAAAGGAAUAAUCUAUUAUAAUGAACCGCAAAUUAUGGAAGUUUUGUUCAAAUUACUAUCAUUAUGGUUGAGACCAAAAGUUAGAGAACGGUUUAUAAGAGUAAAAGGUAAUAUAAAGAAAGCCUAUGAAAAAGUACCCGGUCUUGAAAGUGUACUACCUAGAGAAUAUGGUGGUCAGAAUAGAAGUAUUAGAGACAUUUUAAAAGAACAAAACGCUGAUUUUAAAGAAUACUUUUUAAGAAAUGAAACAUUAUGGAAAAAUAUGGCAGUCAAUGAAAGAAAACGACCAGAAUCAUCGAAACGAUUAAUAGGUGAAUAUAAAGAAGCUGAUGAUAGAUCAAUGGGUACAACUGGAACAUUUAUUCCUUUACCUGUGAAUGACUGAUUUCUGAAUUCAUGUUGGAUUACAUUUAGACGAUAUAUACUUUUUUUUAAAUAUCAAAACCAACAGCAAUCAAAAUAGAUGUAAAUUUGUAUAAUUUAAUAGAAUGAAAGCAAUUAGUGAUUAUUUAUUAUUAUUAUGGUGAAAUAGAAAAUACAAAAGUUCCGAUUUUUUUUAUUAU